CAGCCAUGUUGGGAACAUUAGAAGGUAACCAACAGUACAACCAGAAGGACGGGAACAUCUAGGUACGGCAGCGGCGUGUCUAACACCUAACACCACCACCAUGGCUGACCCGGAAAAACAGCCCGAACAACCCAAGGCUAACCAGCAAGCUAAAUUGGUCAUCGCUACCAAAGUGACCGGGACUGUGAAGUGGUUCAACGUGAAGAGUGGCUAUGGGUUUAUCAACAGGAAUGACAUCAAGGAGGAUGUAUUUGUCCAUCAAUCAGCCAUCGUGAAGAAUAACCCAAAGAAGGCUGUAAGAAGCGUGGGUGAUGGUGAAGUAGUGGAGUUUGACGUGGUGAUCGGUGAGAAGGGCCACGAGGCAGCAAAUGUCACUGGACCAGACGGUGAGCCUGUGAAGGGCUCACCGUACGCUGCGGACAAGCGUCGUGGUUACCGUGCAUGGUACUAUCGACAGCGUGCGGCUUCCAGACCCCAGCGCAGAGGCCCCCGAGAAGGUCAACACGAUGACGAUCAAAUAUCUUCAGGUGAAGCUAAACAGGGUGGUGAUGAGCCCCAGCAGAACGAGGGUGGUGGCCAGAGACGUUAUCGGCCACGAAGGCAGAAUUUCGAGGGUGGUUACUACCGUGGACGCAGAUCUGGCCCACCCCAGAAUCAGGGAGAGAAUGGUGGUGAUGCCGGUGACAAUCGGUACGAGAAGGGUGAGCAGGGUGGCGAAGGUGGUCAAGGAGGUGGUGCACCAGCUCGUGGACGUGGCGGUGGACGUGGUGGAUCACGUGGGCCGCGACGUUUCUUCCGUGGUAAUAAUUUCCGUGGAGGGCGAGGUGGUGGCGGCAUGAGACCACGCAGGGAAGAAUUCAAUCAGCAGGAGCAGAAGUCAAGCGGAAAAGUGAUUCAGAUUUCAUGUGACGAUCCGGAUGCAAGAGUCGCUGUCCCUGCUCCUCAGGAGAGCCAGCCUGUGCAGAACACCACCACGGAGAGCACUGCUUAACAACAAUAACCGCUACUACCACGUAUCAACACUCCUCAAAAGAAAAAAAAACAAUAAAAAAAAACUAUAACACCAACACCCGUUAUACACUGAAGAAGCAGCGGCAUCUCAACAUCACGAACAAUAAGCAGCAGCAACAUUUCAAUAACAACCUAUAUAACAAUGAAAGAAUACGAAAAAUUUAAAACAUAAAGAGAAACUUGAAAUACCAGCAGAAAACACUACUCAACACUCUCCCCACGAUAAUAAGCAAGUUAAAGCGUUUCAAGGUAUGUAACGAGUAACAGAAAACACCUGAGGUGAUAAUCGAGUGGCGAACACAAUGGUAAUGUCUAAUUGCAUAAUCAUUAUCUGUGAAAAAAAAAUCAAGAAAUACGUAGAAAUAGGGUGCGGAAUGACUUAUCAGGCAUCCAAAGAAAGUUUAAUGACAUCAAAGCAGUCCUCUGAAAUGAAACAAAAAUUACAACGGAAAGUCGAAAAAAAAUUCAACAGAGAAUAAGAAAUAAUUUGUACUCGUUCUCGUUUAUUUUUCCCUAUUAACAAUUCGCGUUCAGUUGUGUUGAAUCAUUGCGUUUUUUUGUAUUCACUGUUUAUACCUGAAGAUACAGAAAAUUGGCACUAAAUCAUACAUUGAAAAUGUCUUGAGAUCAAAAUCCGGAGAAUUCUCUUGUGAAAAAAUAAGAAUAAUAAAUGAAGAAAUUGCGUUAUGUGCGGAAAAAUCAUUGUAACGAUAAAAAUAUGUAUUGCGCGACUCAAUUGUAUUUUUAAAAUUAAUCGUUGGUUGAUAUCAACGCAGUGACGACCCCUGGUGGGUCCCGCACUUGACGAAAUUAUUGAUUGGACUUAACGUGUUGUUUACCCGUUGGACAAUCAGAAUAUUCAAUGAUACCCCGUGGACAAUUGGCAUAAAAGUAUCAUAUUGCAUGCAGAGUUAUUGUUCUUUGACAGCUGUACGUCAAACGGGGGCUGAUUCAUUUGGAAUAAAAAUACCACUGGGUGUCAUUGUUUAACUGUCUGCAGACUUGAUUGACUAUUCAAUCACGAUAUGUCAAGAGAGUAAUAUGUAUUGAAAUUGAUUAUGAUAAAAGAGAAUGAGAGAAUUUAUACAUUUUUUUUGCAUGGAGUAAUCUUUUUUUUUAAUUUUAGUUUGUAGUAACAUCACGAAAUAAAAUCUGAAAGCUUUUUUCGAUAAUAA